AUGUCAGAUAUCGAACGCCUCAAUGAGGCCCUACGACGCUUGGAUGAUCUACGAAGACGCAACCGACCCAAUCACCGGCGAAUUCACUAUUUAAGACACACUCCUGAAGCGCGCGACGUUAACAUUUCCUCGCGUGCAACCGCCGCUCCUGGAGCUAGAAGAUUUUCUUUCACUAGCGCCAAUGAAACGAAAUGGAUUCGCGAAUGUCGAAUAGUGCGUGAGGUUGUGUAUGCUGGGACACAAACGCUACUCCGCAAAGAACUAUCGGCAUUACAGCGAAACCAGGCUGAGACGCUGGAACCAGGGGCCGCCACAAAUGAUGAGGCUACACUAUUCACCGGAAACUCUCCUCAGCAUCGAGAAAGUUUCGGUUCUGAUACUUCCCAGGAUACUCAUAUCAACAGUUUAGACUGGUAUUUUCGCAAAGCUUUCGUCGAUGCGUUGCUUCGUCCCACUCAGAAACUUUUGAAGGAAAUCGACCCGUGCUUUUGCAGCGACCCAUACGCAAUUGAAACUGCCAAUGGGGAAUGCCAUGAAGCUGUCAAAAUGCCAAGGUGCUCGCAUAUCUUUGGACGCUCUUGUAUUGCCGUGUGGCUUCAGAAGAAAGAUACUUGUCCGAUGUGUAGGCAGAAGGUUGUGAUACUACCUUUGGAAGGAUGA